CGGUGUAUCCCAUCGCGCCCCGCGCGCCGCACAGGCGGCGUUUGCCGGCUUUGUGCCUCGGUGUAUCCCAGCAUGCCCCGCGCCGCCGCCAUUCCCGGCAGCCCCCGCGCCGCCCUCAGCAGCCGCCGCCGCUGCCGCCGCUCCGGUCCCGGAUCCCCCCGCGCCGAGUGAGGAAAUGCACGGGCGGCUCAAGCUCCGCUCCCCGGACUCGGCGCGGCGCCGGCAGCGGGAGGAGAAACUGAGGCACUACCGGGAGGCCAUGGACACCCUGCUGGGGGGGGCGCUGCCCGCCCAGGUGCUGUCCCUCACGGGCUCGGUCCUGGCCGCCAAUCCCGACGUGGGCACCUGCUGGAACCUGCGCCGCCGGGCACUGGGAGCGCUGGGAGGGGACUGGGUGCCCUCGGAGCUGUCGUUCGUGGGGCAGUGCCUGGGGGUGAACCCCAAAUCCUACGGGGCGUGGCACCACCGGGGCUGGGUGCUGGGCCACGCCCCGGCGCCCCCUGCUGGCCGGGAGGACCUGGCGCUGUGCGAGCGCCUCCUGGCGGCCGACCCCCGCAACUUCCACGCCUGGGAGCACCGGCGGGCUCUGGUGGCCGGCCAGGACCCCGAGGCCGAGCUGGCCUUCGCCGGGGCCCUGCUGAGCCGCGACUUCUCCAACUUCUCGGCCUGGCACCACCGGCUGCGGCUGCUGGCGCCCGCCCGGAGCCGCGGGCAGGGCGAGGCCGGGGCGCUGCCCCCCGAGAGGCUGAAGGAAGAGCUGGAGCUGGUGCAAAACGCCGUCUUCACCGACCCCACGGACCAAAGCGCCUGGGUGUACCUGCGCUGCAUCCUCUCCCGAGCCCCCCCACCUCCGAGGGUCAUCUGUGUCCACGUCGACCGCGAGGACACGACGCUGGCCGUCAUCUUCUCCCGGCCUGUCAAGGUGAACCCAGAGUGCCCAGAGCUGACAGCAACCCUGGAUGGCUCCGCCCUGGCCGGGCCCUGGCGCUCAGCGGAGGGGCGGCCACGCCCCAGCCACACCUGGCUCUGCGACCUCCCUGCCCCGCCCACCGAGCGCCCCGCCCACCUGGAGGUCACCUGGGCGCCUGACUCCGCCCUCCGCCAGGUGACGCUGCUGCCAGGUGAGGCGGAGGCUUGGUGGCAGGAGCCAAUAGUGGAGAGGGAGCUGUUCUGGCCGGAGCUGGGCGUGGCCGAUCCUCAGGUGCUGCAGGAUCAGGUGCAGAUGUGCCAGGAGCUGCUGGAGCUCGAGCCCCAGAGCCGCGGUGAGAGCCUAAAAAACCCCAAAAACACCCCAAAAACACUCCCAAAACACCCUAAAAAACAUCCCAGAAACACACCCAAAAUACACCAAAAAACACCCCAAAAAACACCCAAACCCAAUCCUAGGCCGGAGCUGGGCGUGGCCGAUCCUCAGGUGCUGCAGGAUCAGGUGCAGAUGUGCCAGGAGCUGCUGGAGCUCGAGCCCCAGAGCCGCG